CAGUAACAAAUUUUGGUAAUACAAUUAGGCAAAUUUGUUGCUAAUCAUCCAACCAAUGCAGCGCCGACAACUGCGCCCCAAGCGGGAGCUGCUCGCUCUGCUGCAGCGACUCAACGACUGUGUGGGAGUGUCCGCGCGACACGUGUACACGCAGCAGAUCGCGGUCUCGGAGUUGCUGCAGCGUCCGCAGUCCGAGAUCCGACGGCAGUUGCCCGAGCUCUGCGAAUUUGUGGACUCCCUCACCAGCCACAAUUCUCGUUCUACUGCUGCGCCACCCUCCGCGUUAGUACGUCGCGCUUUCUGCCACCCAGAUGCGCAAUGGCUGAGUCGCAGUGCUCGCGAGAGCGGCAUCUCAGCGCUGGUAUGUCAGCAACUGGUGCGGCUGGCGAGACAGGACAAUAAUGGCGAUUUCGUGGAAGACAAUACAGUAUUUUGGUCUGCUGCGGAGCUCACCAUGCACGUGCUACUGGAUGCACUGCUGUCACCAUGUGCUCAGCGACUGGGAAAGGCUCCAGACGCCUGUAAAUGGCGUCCGAUGCAGCCAAAGCCCCGAUUUCAUGCCAUGACGUGCUUCCCAGUGUGGUCGACUCUGCUGCCAUUCGCGGCACUGAUGGGACUUCGAUUCCCGGACACGUUCCUGCGAGUACUGAAUGGGCAUCGACACGUGGAGAAGAAGCAGCGGGUUAACUGCAGUUUUGCUCAAGUUACAGGGAUCUGGAGACUGGUGGAGGAACUGAACAGAGGAGACAAGGAGAACCAGAGCGCGGUGACGGAAUUGAUGAUCGGUUUAUUGAGACUUGCAAGCGAUAAAGUGCUCGGAAACUUUGCGUCUGUGAAGAAUGAAAAGAAAACGCUUGGGCUGCAUCUAGACGAUCAACUGAUGGAGAAAUUUUUCGCUGGAUUACAAGGAUUUGCGUUCAAGAGUUGGCGAGCCAAUGCAGUGCUCAAGCCUGCGCUAUUCUGUGCGCUUCAGGACGCGAUAUCAGGUCCAGCGGAUCAAGCAAAACUAUUGGUGAUACCGCAACGUGUUGUUGUGUUUACGGCAGUGGGGUGCAUCUUUGUAAAGGACCUGGCGGCGGAUAUCGUAUCGAUGCUAAUAAAGCGGAUCAAUGAUACAGUAAACACAAGCGAAGAAGUUCGAGAGCUGCUACUGAGUUUCCUUGUGGGGUUCUGUGCUCAUGUGGACUUGGUACCGUUGACAUCAGUGAUAAGGUUACUAGAGCUUCUAGUCACCUCCUACAAGACGGUCCUGCAAGCUGCUGAUGAUCCUGAAUCACAACGGAAUCGACAGCUGGAACUGGUGUUUUAUCUCGUGUAUGUGGCGUUGCAUCGUUGCCCAAGUGUCGAUAGCUUACGUCAAGAGGUGAGCUCCGAGGCAGCAGGGGUCAAGGAGGUUCUGUCACAAUUGCAGAUGCGGUUAUGCAGUGAAAUUGCGUUCGAGGACUUCUACAUUGCUGCUCCCGUGCGCUGGACAGCGAAAGUCUGGAAACACUGGGUAUUUCUAUCGGACGAAGAAGUGCAGGCCUUUGUGUCCGAAGCUGAAGAAAAUGAUAACGACACUGAGCAGCAGUUCAAAGACCGAGUUGCAACGUGGCAUUCUUUAGAGUCUCGCUUAGCAUUCAAACCGGCGUCAUUCUCAGCGUUCACACAGAUGAACACGUUGUUGGAGCCACACUUGGUGUCAUCCAUACCGCUCGCUGAACCCGUUCACGAGCAUGGAUUAAUUGUACCAGCACGAAAGCGUCGACGGACGGAACAGGUGAAGAAUUCAGUGGAUCCUGACAAGCUCGAACGCUCUUUCGAUGUGCUGCUGUUGCCUGACGUCAUGGAGCGUGUGUGCUCCUUCAUGAGCGCGAAGCGGCUUUGUCGGAUGGCUCUCGUGUGCCGUACAUUUGCAGACAUCAGUCACCGUGCGUCACUCUGGCAACCCCUUUACGUGCGUGUUGGCCUUCCAACGAAUGCUCUACCGUCUGCGCCAGUGGAGUGUCAUCACGGCGAGAGGUACGAGCACAACUGGCGUCAAUUGUAUCAGGAGCGGUCGAAAGCGAUGAAAAGACUGCGACGUAUGCAGCGUAGAGCGAUCAAAGCCGGACACUCCAAUGACCAGGAAGACGAUGACAGCGUGUCUAGUUCUGUGAGAACAGCCACGUUCGUCCCGCAGAUCUGCGCUUACUGUGGUUGUGAUCAGAUUCUAAAGUCGAAGAGCGACGUAGAAGCUCAUCAGACGCAGCACAAACGGUUUACCUGCACGGACACAUCAUGUCGAGCGUCGUUCACGGGUUUACACAAGUUCAAUGCGCAUAUGAAGGAGCACAGGGCUGAAAGCACUUGUCGAAUGAUGUGUGGCUUCGACGGUUGCAAGAAAAGCUACAUGUCGGCCAAGCGGCUGGCCUCGCAUCGCCAGAAAGAAGGACACCAUAUUCUCACCUGCAGUGACAAACAAGGACCAUAGAAAAUUGGAUCACCUCAAUAGAUCACCACAACCGAUAGACACUAAUACACACAAAAGGAUGGGGAAAAUGUCGGUAAGCUGAUGGUACACUAAAAUA